AUGUGGUCCAUUUUCGCGCCAGAGGCUCUGACGUCCACGUCAGAACCUGCCAGCAAGUCGUCAGCUGCCUCCAACUGGGUCGCCGCUGACAGCUGUCGCAGCAGCGUUGAGGGCGCGGCAGGCGCCGGCUCCCUGAAGCCUGGAGACGCUGCACCGGGAGAGACUGCGCCCACGGCAGCGCACGCGAAAAAGACGAACGGCGUAGGAUCGCGAGGCUCUUCGGGGUCUUCCCGUGGCGCCGGAGCAGCGCAGGCGUUCGCCAAGUCGAAGCCGAGACGCCUUCAGCCGCAGUCCCGUGCAGGCGAAGACGACGCAGGGGGCGCCGGACCUGGCGGAAGAGACGAAGAAGAGGACUGGGUCGAGGCACAAAGCAAGCGACUUGGAAAGAAUCAAAAGGCUUCAAAGCAGAGGCCAGGACAGAAGCAGAAGGAUGCGAUCGACGAAGCGCAGCGGAUCCUCUCUGCUAUUUGGGCUCUAACGCUGGCGCAUCCCUCGGCUGUUCCUACAUCUGAACUGACCGCCCUGUUCCCUCCCUGCUGUCCACUUCUAGCGAUCGGGGAUGCCAAGGAGUCUAAGGUGUCCGUGCCGAAGGGAAACACCACACGGACGAUGGCUGAGAGUGACGAGGCCCAACCCACUCAGACAGGAUCCAGCUCAGAGGGUUUGCAGGCUGCGGGCCCAGCAGUCGCCCACGACCUUCCUCAGGGGGAUCGAAGCUCCACUGCGGGCAACGGCCGUCGCGGAAACGGGUCGCAGCGAAAGUCGGGAACAGCCGGUCGGGGCGGAGGCAACUCCGGAUCAGUUCGGCUGGCGUACGUGCAAGUGAAGGGCCAAGACACCAGCGCGCCGACAAGUGCCGAGAGUGCGUCCGGUCGGACCGCAGCCAGUCGGUCCGAGCACGAAUUUGACCGAUCCAAGGGUGCAACGAGAGGCAACAAGUCCAGUAAGGCCGCGUCUGCUGGCCGGGAUGCAGGCGCUGGUAAAGUGCCCUCCCAGCAAGGGCGACAGCAAAACGCGAGGCGCGGUCCAGGGCCCAAGCAGGGACAGUACGACAGUGUCAUUCGCAACGACAAGCGAGGCGAGGCUCCUCGACUUCGACAACAGCCAGUGCCCCAGCAUCAGGUCUCUGCCAAUGGCGAGGAUGAAGAUGCCAUUGGCGACAUGAUUCGAAGGAAACUGCGAGAGGCUAUGACUGUUGAGGAGUUGCAAGCUGCUGUUCACGAGGCGCGCAAGGUGGGUCUCGUUUUCGAGGCGCAGCUCGGGGAGAAGAAAUUGAUGAAGAUGACUGGAGGGUGCUUCUAG